AUGUUUGUGGAGGGAAGUGUAGCCAGCGCGGCCUGCAGGAGCAAAGAAUUUUUCCUGGAGCUCCUGGAUAAUUCCGAGAGGUCUCUGAGCAGCAUGUUCACAAGGACCUUUGGGAAGCUCUACAUGAAGAACUCGGAGGUGUUCCAGGACCUGUUCACGGAGUUGAAGCGCUACUACACGGGGGGCAACGUCAACCUGGAGGAGAUGCUCAACGACUUCUGGUCCAGGCUGCUGGAGCGGAUGUUCCAGCUGUUGAACUCCCAGUACCACUUCACGGACGAUUACCUGGAAUGUGUCAGCAAAUACUCGGAUCAACUCAAGCCCUUUGGAGACGUGCCCAGGAAACUGAAGGCUCAGGUCACCAGGGCCUUGAUUGCCGCGCGGACAUUUGUCCAGGGCCUCAUGGUCGGUCGGGAAGUCGCCAACCGGGUCGCCAGGGUGAACGUUGCUCCGGCAUGUGUCCGAGCCCUGACCAGGAUGCUGUACUGUCCCUACUGCCGCAGCAUGCCUGGACUCAAGCCCUGCCAGAACUACUGCCAGAACGUCAUGAGGGGCUGCCUGGCUAACCAGGCCGACCUCGACCCUGAAUGGAACGUCUUCAUCGACGCCAUGUUGCUGGUGGCAGACCGGCUGCAGGGACCGCUCAGCAUCGAAGCGGUCAUCGAGCCAAUCGACGUCAAGAUCUCGGAAGCCAUCAUGACCAUGCAGGACAACAGCGGGCAUCUGUCCACAAAGGUUUUUCAACGCUGCGGGCCACCGAAAGCCUCGGGGACGGGCAGAUCCGCUCGUGGCAUUUCCGACGUAUUCAGUGCUCGUUUCAGACCUUUCCCUCCGGAAGAAAGGCCAACCACAGCCACGGGGACGUUCCUGGAUCGAUUGAGGGGUGUCUGGAGGACAAUGCAACACAGUGUGAUGGACAUCAAAGAGAAGCUGAAGGUGUCCAAGAGGUUCUGGUCCAAUUUGCCGGACGAAGUCUGCGCCGAGGGCAAGCUGACGGAGUCGGACGAGGAGCAGUGUUGGAACAGCCACGCCAAGGCCAGGUAUUUCCCAGAGGUGGUGAAAGAGGGACUGACCAACCAGGUGAACAACCCAGAGGUGAACCUGGACAUCACUCGGCCCGACACUUUAAUCCGACAGCAAAUCAUGGCCCUGCGAGUGAUGACCAACAAGCUGAGAAACGCAUACAACGGAAACGAUAUCUACUUCCAAGACUCAAAAAUGUCAAACCAUCCACUUUGCAGGAAGAUCUCAGCUGUGUCUCAGGUAAAUACAUCCUCGUGUCACGCCGAAGGAUUCGUCGGCUUCGUUUAG